AAUUUUUCCUAAUAAAAUACCAUGUUUGAUUGUUUGUUUAUAGGGAUUGGGACUAGAGAGAGGGAUGGGACAAGGUUUAAACCCCCUUUAUCCCUCAUCUAGAGGUUAUCAUUAGGUGGGUCGGGCUGAAGUUAAAAAAUUAUGCACACUUCUCGGGCCACGCCGGAUCGGGUGAAGCUGCGGGCCGGAUUUUUUGUGCCCAAAUCUGUCCAAAAUGGUCGGACCGUGUAGGCUUUUCGGGGGCAUUUUCGGGCCGAGGCUAAAAAAUCAACUAAAAACGCAUAAAAAUGUAUUUCCAAACCCGCCCAAAAUAAGUUUUGAGACGGCCGAUCCCAACCCGAUUUCAGGCAAAAAAAAAUAUGUCCAAAUCCCGCCCAAGAUUGAGCCAGGUCGGGCCGGGCUAACUUUGAUCACCUCUACCCUCAUCUAUACAUAAGAGGUUGGUAUAAGGAUGGUUGGACAAGGAUUAUAACAAAAAUGACAUAUGUAACCUUAAUGAAAAAAAUAAAGGAGAAAGAUAGAGUUAGUAAACAUAUAUUUAUAACUUUAUCACAGAUUCUACUUUUAUCCCUAACUUAUACCAAACAAAAGAUAACACUUUAUUUUAUCUUUAUACCACCCAUAACUCACUAUCCUUUUCCUACCCUCUUAUUUAUUUAAUUAAUUUUUUAUUUUUUUUACGGACUCUCUUAUCCUUCUUGAUCUCACAUACCAUACCAAAUAUCCUUCUUGAUCUCACAUACCAUACCAAACGCCCCGUCCGUAUAUCAUGAUUCUCAUAUUCCGUAUUUAAGAACCAAAAGAGUUCCUAUACUUAUUACUUAAACAGUUAAACUAGACGAGAAGACAAGUUCGAGUACACACACAAUAUUGAAGCGAGGAAAUUAUUGAUUAGCCAUUUACUAUAAUCAAAUUCAGUUGUUAAAACUGACAUCAGGCAGAAUUUGCUCGCCAAAUUGACUUUAUUUUCUUCUUCUUCUUCAAACCCAGAUUCAGAUCGAUCUUUUUAAACUAAUACCCAGCAAUGGCUCUAUCUUUGCAGCGUUACAUUUGGUCAAAUGACAACAGCCGUUUUUAUCAUCUCUUGAAACAAAGAAUUAAUGAAGAAAAAGAGAGGUCAAUGUUAAUUGCAAUUGAGAAGAUUGAUCAUCUGCAUGAAAAUUUAAUCAUUGAGAUUCUGUCAUGGUUACCUGUGAAAGCUCUGUUACAGUUUAAGAGUGUUUGCAAAUUAUGGUAUGCUAUUAUUUCGAGUCCGGAUUUCAUAUCAAAACACCUGAAUAACUACUAUAACAAUGAUGAAAGUUGGCGCGGUUGUAUCCCUGUUCAAUAUUAUGUUAGCCAUUCUGAACUUGAGCUGUAUGAGCUGUUGGUUGAUGAAUCUCCUCGAGUUUUAGCUGAUCAAGAGUUAGAUAGUAUGCCAAUGCAUAGCUUGUAUGUUUGUGGUUCGUGUCACGGAUUAUAUUAUGUGUAUCACUACGAUUGUAGUGGUCGUGCUUUGUGGAAUCCAGCCAUCAAUGAAUUUAGACCCUUGCCUAAAAUAAUUUGUAAGCCUGAUCUUCCAUCCGAAUUCACUUAUGCUUCGUAUGAAGUUUAUGGUUUCGGGUUUGAUCCUGUUAGUGGAGACUAUAAGGUGGUUGUUAUGAAAGGUUAUUGGCUUACUAAUUAUGACGAUGAAAGUGAUGCCAAGCAUCCUGUAUCAGUCCUUGUCUAUUCGUUAAGGACUAAUUCGUGGAGGUAUUGUGGAGAUCUGGCUAGAGCUUAUAGUUUGGAAAGUAAUAAAUGUUACAUCUAUGUGAAUGGAUGUUGUUACUGGUUCGGAUCAUUUGAAUAUAGUUCUGAACUGAUCAUUUCUUUUGAUAUGGCUACUGAUGCGUUCAAAGAAAUUGAUGUUCCAGACUAUGCACAACCAAGUUCUAAGCGUCUGGGAGUGUAUGAUGAUUCUCUUGCGAUUCUGUGUCUCCAUCAGACUAAGAAGUUCGAUAUUUGGAUAUGGAGUGAGGAGUGUUGGACCAGGAAAUUUACUGUGGGACCAUUGUCAGAUAUCUGGUGUCCUGUUGGUCAUUGGAGAAAUAACAGGCUCUUACUAGAAUGUAACGAUGGUAAGCUGGUCUUAUUGGAUCCCGAAAAACCCCAAGAAAUUAAGGAUCUUGCAUUUCAGAAGGAAAAGUCGUGUCAAGGAGUUUUUGCUUACAUGGAAAGUCUGGUUUCGAUCAAAGAUAAGAACGAGGCAGGGCCUCAGAACGUUGAAGAAAUCAUUGAUUAUUUUGGCGCAAAUAUUUUUUAUAAGAAAUUGGCACGUGGAUAGUAGUCAUGUCAGCGUUAAUUACUUUAGUUAUAGUUAUAGAUACAUAUAGAUUUGUCAUUGCAUGUGAAAUUCGAAUUUUUAUUACCUAAUCUUAACAUAUGUAAUUGCAAAUCAAUUAAGGCCUAAUUAGUCUUUGAUUCUUUGUAGAAAGAUUAUUCUUUACCUAAUAAUAUGAGGA